AUGGGUAGACCAAGUUCCAUGAUACCAUCAGUUGGAAAAGCUCUGGCAGAAAAGGCGGCAGGAAAGAUGGCAGAGUUGGUGGUAGAAAAUUGCAUGGGAAGGAGUCACAUGGAUAACGUGCAAUUGCUGAAAAGGAAUUGGCAAGAAUUGAGUUGCAAAGCAUCUGACAAACAAGAGGAUCUUCCAGUAAAGGCGGAUCCUGUUGGAAAGCUGCAACUUCAGGUGACAGAACUUAUUGAUCAUAGCCGUCAUUUCAAUGGGUUUGUGCUCGAUACUUGCGAGAACAUCGGGGAGCCAUGCCUGCCAGCCAAAUUGUUUGGAGUAAAGUUCGAUGAAGCUUUGAAGAGAAUUUGGCCAUGCUUGGUGACCGAUGAUAUAUCAAGCAUUGGGAUUUAUGGAAUGGGUGGAGUUGGUAAGACCACACUGGCGAGGCACAUUGAGUACCAUCUUUUAGAAAAGAACAAUUAUCGGGUGCUUUGGGUUACAGAAUCUCAAGAUUUCAGUAUCACCAAUUUGCAGGAUAAGAUUGCCAAUGUCUUAGGCAUUACUCUAUCAAGUAGGGACGAGGAAGACGCCAGGGCAAGAAUAUUGCGUGAAGCAUUCAGGAAAAUGCUGAAAUUAAUAGUACUCAUAUUGGAUGAUGUUUGGGAAGAAUUUUGUUUAGACAGGGUAGGGAUUCCUCUUCAUCCAAACAAGUGCAGAUUGAUUUUGACUACACGCUCACUGGAAGUGUGCAACAGGAUACAAUGUCAAAGAAAGUUUGAUUUGCAAACUUUGGACACGGACGAAGCUUGGGAUUUGUUCAAGUAUAAACUUGGCAGAGAGCCCUUGCUUCAAGGAGAUUUGGAAAGUAUUGCCAAGUCCAUUGUGGAAGAGUGUGAUGGUUUGCCUCUUGGCAUUAUCACAGUGGCUGGAAGCAUGAGAGGUGUGAGAGACAUUUGUGAGUGGAGAAAUGCAUUGGAACAAUUGAAAACAUGUUCAAUAGGGUAUCAUGAGAUGGAACGAGAUGUGUUUCGCAUCCUGGAAUGGAGCUUCUUGUAUUGCUGUCUUUAUCCAGAAGAUUGGAAAAUAAAAAGAAAGGAACUAAUAGACCUCUUUAUUGGGGCAGAGCUGAUGUCAAAACGGGACUCAUGGUCAAAAGCAUUUGAUCAAGGUCAAAAGAUAUUAAACAAACUGAUAAGAGUUUGCUUGCUGGAAAAAGCAAAAAAUUUCAAAGGGGAUGACCGUGUGAAGAUGCAUGAUUUGGUCAGAGAUAUGGCAUUAAGGAUCACGCAUGGAAACUCCAAACCAGAGAGCAGCAGAGAUGAUGUACCACUGUUCUUGGUGAAAAGCUUAGGACGGAGUGAUUCAAAAGUAAUGCUGGAACAAAAAGAAUGGACAGAGAUCUCCAUGCAGUCUCCUUCUGUGCACAAUGUUUUUUAA